ACUCUGAAGCGCUGCGCCAAGUGCUCAGUCACUCCCUACUGCUCUCGCGACUGCCAGAAAGCGGACUGGAAGGCUCACAAGAAGGUAUGCGGCAAGGGCGGCGGCAACACCGCCUCCGGCUCCUCCAGUAAUGCUUCCAACAUCCCGAGGGCCGACACGCUGCUCUCGCCGCCCAAGAGCCUGGACCAGCACAUUGCCAAACCUUUCACCCGCCUCGACAACGGGACCUGGCUGCACGACCGCCCGGAGAAGGACGUGUACCGCCUUCUCAUCGACGCCUACCGCCUGCGCGUCGAGGACAACUACAAGCUGGAAGGCGAGAACGUUGAUCUCUAUGCAGGAGAGCCCAGCGGGCUGAACGGCCUCAAGCGCUUCAUUCGGCUCGCGGGCUCGCGGCCCGGCCUUCUCCCGCCGUGGUGGAAUGCAGAGAAGCAGCGCAAAUGCGAGGCUUUCGGCAUGGACUCGUCCAACUUCCAGGACCUGCGCUGUGCCGUGGAGAAGAGCGACAUCAUCGACCACUACGGCGAUCCACGCUUUCCGAUGCAGCUGCGCAUGUUUGCCGAGGCCGUCUAUGGCCGCGGCCCGGGCGGACAGAGCGGCGCCCCCAUGAGAAAGAUGAUGGCGGCUAUGGAAUAG